AUGCCUGUGCAGGCCUACACCUACCACGUGUUACUCUUACUUGAUGCUGCCGCUGCGUGCUCUGGAGCAAUACUUCUAGCGGAUUCUGUGCGUGCAGUGGUGAGUUAUGAGCCCACUUUGCACAGAGGAGCUAGUAAAAAUGAACAGGCUACAGUUGUUCUCAUUGGAAUCGCCGCAUUCCUCGUGAUGAUUUUCGCCAACAUGCCAUACAGUGUCAUGGAGUACACAAAGGUUUACGCCGACAACUUCGGGGGAGCAAUUGCUUCUGCUGGAAAACACAUCAAGGCAAAAGUACAAGGCGCGCAGCGUACCUAA